CCCACCUGUGCCCAGGAGAUCACCCACCUGUGCCCAGCAGUGCACCCACCUGUGCCCAGCAGAUCACCCACCUGUGCCCAGCAGUGCACCCACCUGUGCCCAGCAGUGCACCCACCUGUGCCACUCUGCAGUGUCACACACCUGUGCCCAGAAGUGCCACCUACCUGUGCCCAGCAGUGCCACCCACCUGUGCCCACCCACCUGUGCCCACCAGUGCCACCCACCUGUGCCCACCCACCAGUGCUGCCCACCAGUGCCGCCCACCAGUGCCCAGGGGUUGUGCCAGUCAGUGCCGCCAGUCAGUGCCCGGCAGUGAUGCCAGUCAGUGCCGUCUAUCAGUACCCAUCAUCAUGCCCCUUUAGUGCUGCCUAUCAGUGCCCAUCAGUGCCGCCUAUCAGUGCCCAUCAGUGCCGCCUAUCAGUGCCGCCUCAUCAACGCACAUCAGUG